CUCGCGAGACUCCCUGCCUGAUCGCACGGUCCAGCGCGCCCCGUGCCGCCUCCCUCACCCCGCGCCGGAAGUGACCGUUGGCGGCGGUGGUUUUGGGGAUGUCGGCCACGUGCGCUGUGUCCCGCAAAGCGCAGCCGCCGCUGCCGCCGCGCCCCGCGGCCGAGAGGGACCCGCCGGCCAAGGCGAUGCGCAGGGGGCUGCGGCGGGGCCACGAGGAGGAGCGGGAGCAGCCGCCGUGGCCGGGGGAGAGCGCGGGCGGUGGAGGCAGCGAGCCCGAAGGGGAGCAGGCGGCCGCGCCGAGCGAGGAGCGGCGGAGGCGGCAGCCUGAACAGCCGAGGGUGCUGGCGGCCAGCGGGGAGGAGGAGGCGGAGGAGGAGCGGCUGGAGCGGGAGCAUUUCCGGAGGAUCAUCAACGCCUUCCGAUACUACGGAACGAAUAUGCAUGAACGAGUGAACAGAACAGAGAGGCAGUUUAAAUCUCUCCCAGCUAACCAACAGAGUCUUCUUCCUCAAUUCCUUCCUCACCUUGACAAGAUUCGGAAGUGCAUUGAUCAUAAUCAACAGAUACUACAGACCAUUGUGAAUGACUGUGCUCAUAUGUUUGAAAAUAAAGAAUAUGGAGAAGAUGGAAGAGGGAAGAUUACACCAGCUUCAACUUUUGACAUGGAUAAAUUAAAAUCCACUUUGAAACAAUUUGUGAGAGACUGGAGCGAAGAGGGAAAGCCUGAGAGAGAUUCCUGCUACCAGCCAAUCAUUAGUGAAAUUGUAAAGAACUUUCCGAAAGAAAGAUGGGAUAUCUCCAAAGUUAAUAUCCUGGUACCUGGUGCUGGGCUAGGUAGAUUGGCGUGGGAAAUAGCUAUGCUCGGUUAUGCUUGCCAAGGAAAUGAAUGGAGCCUCUUUAUGCUCUUUUCUUCUAACUUUGUACUCAACAGAUGCUCUGAAAUUAACUCGUGUAAGCUUUAUCCCUGGAUUCAUCAGUUUAGCAAUAACAGAAGAUCUGCUGACCAGAUACGUCCAAUUUAUUUCCCUGAUGUUGACCCUCACAGUCUUCCUUCUGGUUCGAACUUCUCUAUGACAGCAGGGGAUUUUCAAGAAAUUUAUUCCGAGUGCAAUACCUGGGACUGCAUAGCAACUUGCUUUUUCAUAGACACAGCACAUAACGUUAUUGAUUAUAUUGAUACUAUAUGGAAAAUACUAAAGCCUGGAGGAGUAUGGAUAAACGUAGGUCCUCUCCUUUAUCACUUUGAAAACUUGGGAAAUGAACUUUCUAUAGAAUUAAGCUAUGAGGAUAUAAAAAAUGUUAUACUGCAAUAUGGAUUCCAUAUAGAGGUGGAGAAAGAAUCUGUACUGACAACUUACACUGUGAAUGAACUCUCCAUGAUGAAAUACUACUAUGAAUGUGUGUUGUUUGUGGUGAGAAAACCAGAAUAAAAGUGGUCUGAAUACAUUAAUCAGAAAAAAAAAGAGAAUGAAGUGGACUGGGGGAUGUCUGGACACAACCUCAAAUCAGUGGUGCCUUCUUAAUGGGAUUUAGAUAGUGUCUAUUUUCUUAAUGUCUCUGUUGCUCUCCAGACAUGUACUAUGCCAUACACAUUUGUAAUAUACUCAUGAAAAAGGAGGAGGAAAUACUGACAUACACUGUCUUUAUGUUUAGAAUGCAUUAAAAAUAGAAGCAAAAGUGGUUUCUUGGGAAUAAAAUGUAACAUUUGCCAUAACCAGGCUGAUUCUCCACAUAUGCUGCCUCAUUUUUAAUGGAUUUAUAAUUAUUUUCUUUACUUAAUGAUGUUAGGAAUGCAUAGUGGUGCUUACUGUACUAGCUGUGUCACAUUUAGAAAAGUAUUUCUAAAUAUAUACUUAAAUUAUGAAGUCUGAAACGUUUGGAAAAUGAUAAAAUUAUUCUUGAUAGAUACAGUAGCCAUCAGAACUGUUGCAGCAUUUUCUGUAGAACUGAAAAAAAGUAGAUGAUUAUAAAAAUCCUAAUCUUUGUACCAUUGUUAACAAUUUAAUCAAAAUAAAGAACCUGUACGCAAUUUGAAACACUGUGUGAAAGCAGAGUACUGAGUAAAGGAGAAGCAGCAUAUCACAGAGAAGCGGUUUGUUAACAUCAGUUCAGGAAUAACACCAAUUUUGAUUAAUGUCUUAGUGUUGAAACUGAAAUACGUUAGGUGCUGUCUUAAAAUAUAUUGAUAUUGAGUCACCUACUUCCUGCUUAAGACAAAACAGUGAAGCAGUAAUUUUUCACUAAGCAUAAUUAACAGAAGGUCAGGUUAUACCUUGAUCUCUUUCCUUUUUUUGAAGGUGGUAACAUAGGUGAGUUAUUAACACUGUUUGUAGGUAGUACCACAGAAAAAUCUGUUUCUCAAAGGGGAAAAAAAAAUUACCUGUAAAUAUUGUGUUCUGUAACCUAAUCAUCUCUACCAGCAUGUGCAGGCCAGUUGGUAAAGCAGUUUCUUUGUAACUACAGGCACUUUACCACUGUGACUUUAGUAACUUCUUGAUUCCUUAUCCUACUUUAUUUUUUCCUCAGCAGAUGUGGCUGAGGUGAUAAUUUACAGAUUUUGAUAUUAUACGAGAGUAUGAAUCUUCUGUCAGUCAGAAAUUAUGUAAAUGAGAAAACAUAAAUUAAUAACUACUGAGAGGAGGUAUCAUGUGAGCCAUUUUGUUUUCUUAAUAUAUUGAUUACCAUAAGUAUCAUUUUCAAAAAUUUCUUCAAAAUAUAAAAAUGUCAUGAUAAGGAAUCAAGGGGCUUUUCGUAUUUGAUCAUAAUGGCACUGGACAGUAGCUUGUUUGUUUCCCAUUAGUUCUAAUGCUUUUUUCAUGGCGGUGUCCUAGUCACAACUCUUUGAUCGAUCUAUUACUGGCUUUGAGAUUUUUUUCCAUUAAGGCCAGAAAUUUGUGCCUUUGUUCUGAAAUUGAAAGUCUGCAAGGAGGGAAAACACAAACUUUUUUUAUAGUUUCAACACUGCGUAAGAAAACACAUGCCUGAGUAUGUUCAGUACUGUACCUCUUUCUGCUCAGAAUUAUUGUUGAGGAUAAAGGCUUCUUGACUAUAGAAGUUUUCGAUUAGAGCUUUGCUUAAAAUAGUCGUACUGUGUCUUCUUCCUAGAAGUGCACCACUGAGAUUUAACUCCAUAAAUGAACUGUCAGCGUUCUACCCUGCUCCAAGAAAAACGUGUUUGCAACACUGCCAUUGCAACAAGUAGAUAAAUUAUAAAAACCCUUGCACACCUAAAAAUAAAAGUUGCUUUAAUUUCUUUAUUUUACUAUUUAUUUUUGAGGGACUUGGUGAUUCUUUGUGUUCAUUCUGAUUUUUUUUUUCUGUAGAUAGAACAUGGUUAGUAUUUUACUUUAUUUUCAAAGUCCUUGAAAUAAAAUGAGAUUAGGCAACUGUGGAUUAUGCUUUUGCUGAGUAGCCUGUAGAUCUGUAAUAUUGCCCAGUUUCUGCCUCCUAUGCAGUCUGUAGUUGAAAUGUGAUUUUCUUGUUCUUCAUGAAUAGGCAAUUGCACUCUUGCUUUUGGGUUGAAUGUUAAUAUCCUCUGUUCUGCCGGUUUUGUUCUUGGCCACCUCUCAUUGUCAUAAGUGCCAUUUUUGUGUUAUUUUUAGGAAAUGUUUUUUUUUAGUUAUGUCAGCUUUAUAGUGAUGUGCUUUCAUUUCUCAUCUAGAAAAUGCCGGUUUUCCCCCCAGUGUUUUCCGUUUAAAAUUUAACAGUUGCAUUAAGAGAUGGAAGCAGAAUAGUUUUGUGAAUUAACUUCAUGAGUAGUGUUUUACCUGCAGUACUAUUUACAAAUUAUGAACUUGAAGAAUUUAUAUCUUUAUGCAUGGGGAUAAUUGUGUAUUAUUGACUGUGAUCAUAUUCCUAUUUUGAAUUGUAUACAUGGGGGAAAAAAAAUGCUUAAGGUGUUUGUCAGCUGAAGCCGAGACCAUUUCAUUGAGGUUGCUAUUAAACCGCACAUGGUAUUGGGUGUGAAAUAAAAUGCUGCAUACUCUUCGGUGUGAUACUUCUUUCUAUGGAGCAAAUUUGACAAAUGUAAGGUGUCCUGUAUUUUUAUUUAUAUAUAGUAUGCUCUUAAAUCAGUUAUGAAGGAAAGAAUGGGAAGUGUUGUGUCUGCGUGAGCUUCCCCCCGUUUUCAGUGUCUGUAACAGACUUGAUUUUUCUUGGAUAUUAAAGUUUGCGGUCUGACUUGUA